GAUCAAAUCAAUGCUCGAGAGCUUCUUAGACCGGCGGCAACGCGGUUUGCCACUUCAUUUUUGACUUUAUCAAGCAUCCAUAAGCAGAAGAAUAAUCUAAGGAAGAUGUUUUGCUCUGAAAAGUGGGUGGAAAGCAAGUGGGCAAGAGAUCCAAAGGGCAAAGCGGCGGAGAGGACAGUUAAAAUGACUAACUUUUGGAAUAAUGUUGUUCGUGUUCUCAAGCUCACGGGUCCUCUUGUUCGUGUUUUGAAGCUUGUUGAUAACGAGCGGAAGCCGACCAUGGGGUUUAUUUAUGAGGCUAUGGAUAGAGCUAAAGAGGCUAUUGCAAAAGCCUUUGGUGAUGAUGCAAGCAAAUAUUCAGAGGUAUUUAAGAUGAUUGAUAAGAGAUGGAAUGUUUAGUUACAUCAUCAUUUGCAUGUUGCAGGGUUUUACCUUAAUCCAAUUUUUUUCUAUGCCCACCCUAACAUUCAAGCCGAUAUGGAGAUCAUGAAAGGCCUCUGGGAAGUCAUUCAAAAGCUUGUGCCACAACAGGAUCAAGAUAAAAUUUCUCAAGAGUUGACUUUAUACAAAGAAGCACAAGAUCUAUUUGGCAUGCCUAUAGCUAUUAGAAACCGAGAAAAGAAAUCUCCAGCUGAUUGGUGGGAUUCUUACGGUGCAGCAGCUUCGGUUCUGCAGAAACUUGCUAUAAGGAUCCUUAGUCUCACUUGUAGCUCCUCUGGGUGUGAAAGAAACUGGAGUACUUUUGAACAAAUACACACCAAGAAGAGGAAUAGGUUGGACCACAAUAGGUUGCAAGAUCUAGUAUAUUGCAAAUAUAAUCAAGCUUUGAAGGAAAGAUUUGACUGCAUGGAUAUUGUUGAUCCAAUCAAGUUGACUGACAUAGAUAAAAGCAACGAGUGGUUGUUAGGUCAAUUUGGAGAGGGCAACAAUGCGGAAAAUGACUUGGUGGAUGAGGAGGAUGACCUUAGAUGGGGUGUUGUAGGUGAAGCAACUGGAGUUGAAGAAAAUUGGGGACCUACUUUAAGGUCUACUGCUACUGCUAGGGUUCGAGGAUCUUCAAGUGGUAUUGCUUCGUCAUCUAGGAGGAGUGAGCCAGACUCGGAGGAUGAAGAUGAGUUUAAUGAAGAAGAGGAGGAAACUGAGGAUGAGGAGAUUCCACUUCAGUCGGAUGACGAUGAUGAUGAUGAGGAUGACUAGAAACUUUGAUAUUUUGCUACUUGCUUAUUUUAUUUCGUAGACUUUUGCUCAUGUUGGAUAUUAUCUUACAUUGUGAUUUGUGAAAACAUAUGAACUUCUUUAUGUUAUGCAUGCUAAUUAAGACUCUUUCUUGAUUUAGUAGGUGAAAUUAUAUUUCUUAGUCUUUUUAUGUGAUAAUUUAUAAAAAUGUU